ACCGGUUUGUCGAGAUCUUCGACGAUGAACGGAUGCGCGAUGACGGCGACGCGACUUCUGCUGCUGCUGCAGCUGUGGGUGAUGUCGGGACGUCAGGUCGCAUGGUCGUGCCGCAUCUUCGGGUCUGACACGGGGGAAUGCAAGGAGCAAGCGGACUUUCUGCAGUACAUGCCAUUCUGCGGACCGCUCCUGCCCUACACGACGUGCGUCCCACGUGCUCAGACAUUGUGGUACAAUCACAGCGUCAAGUCCAAGGACCUGUUUCUCGCGCAAAUGUUCAAGAAGAUGAUUGCACAACGGCAGAUCUACGAAGCCGACUUGGAGAUGCUGAAACAAGGGGUCGACGAGUGGGGUGCCCUCGGCGAGAUCGUGCCGCGGUACACCGAGAACAAGGAUUGCCAAGAUGCAUUCCGGAACUACAUGUGCUGGCUCAACUUUCCCCGAUGUGACGACGCUGGCCGCAGCUUGAUCCUGUGUCGCAGCGUGUGCGAAAACUUCUUCAAAGCGUGCAUGCAACACAAAGACCUGUGGCGGUGCGGCGAUCCCCAGUACGUCAACGGGUACUCUGCCGAGAUCAGCACGUUUGCAAACAAGGCUGGCGUUCUGCAAUACUACCGAGCUCCUUUUCCAGGAUCUCCGUUUCGGGACAACGCAUUUACUGCCGAUCGAUUGGAUGCGCUGCCAGUGUGCACACCCAGCCUCCUCAACGCAGCCGAUGGCCCACGUCUUGCCGUGUGGAGUGUCGUGGUGGUGGUUGGAGGAGCGUUGUGGUGGCAGUGUUUCUGAAGCUCAUGGAACUCGUCGGCGGAUUAUUGCACUGGACAUUGCUCCCCCUUCUCUUUGACGUCUUCGUGGAAGAGCGGGCUCGACGCAGCGUGUUGCUCGAGUUGCUCGUGGGAUUUCUGCCGAACGGCC